UAUUAAAUAGUCGUAAAUUUUAUAAGUAAUUUAAUAUAAGGGAAAUAGACAAUGAUAGGUUUUUUAGGCAUUAAACUUGAUAUGACUCAAAUUUUUAAUGAUCAAGGUUUAGCUAUACCUAUAACUGUAAUUAAAGUAGGUGAAUGUUUUAUUACACAGAUUAAAAAACAUAACACAGACGGUUAUAAUUCAGUCCAAAUAGGUCAUCUAAAAAAAGCUAAUAUUUUUGAUAAGAAUAUAAAAAUAUUUAGAGAAUUUAGACUAGAAUCAAAUAAUAUUAAAAGUUUAGAAUUAGGUGAAAAAAUUCCACUAAGUUUCCUACAAGUAGGAGAUAAAUUAAAUGUUAUUGGUUAUAGUAUAGGUAAAGGGUUUGCUGGUUAUCAAAAAAGACACAAUUUCUCUAGAGGACCAAUGUCACAUGGAUCUAAAAAUCACCGUUUACCAGGUUCAAUUGGUGCUGGAACGACUCCAGGCAGAGUUUAUCCUGGAAAAAAAAUGGCAGGUCAUCUUGGCAAUCGUAAAACUACAAUAAAAAACUUAGAAAUAGUGCUUAUAGAUAUUGAAAAAAAUGUAAUUGGUGUUAAAGGUAGUGUACCUGGUAAAACUGGUAAUUUAAUUAGUAUUUAUAAAUAAUAUAAAUGAAUACAACUCAUAAAGAAAGAUUAUUAAAUUUAUGAAUAAGAUAAUAAAUAUAAAGCAAUUAAAUUGGAAUAACGAAAAUAGAGGAAUAUACUCAUUUGAGUUGAAAAUAAAUACUGACUAUUUAAAUAGUAUUUAUUUAUUACAUAGAGCCUUUGUAAUUAGACAUCUAAAAAAUAGAACUAUUAACGCUUCAACAAAAACUAGGGGAGAGGUUAGCGGUGGUGGAAAAAAACCAUGGAAGCAAAAAAAAACAGGCCGAGCUCGGGCUGGAUCAAUAAGAUCUCCAUUAUGGAAAGGUGGGGGUGUGAUUUUUGGUCCUAAACCUCGUCUUAUAGAAAAGAAAAUUAAUCGUAAAGAAUGGAAUUUAGCAUUGAAGUUAUGUUUAUUAAAAAAAAGUGAUCGCAUGAUAAUAAUUGAAGAUUUUGUGCAAAAUUUUGAGACACAAGCUAAAACUAAAGUUUUAUAUAAUGCACUAAAAAGAUGGGAUAUUAAUUUAGAAAAAAAAACACUUAUUAUAAUCGAAAAUAGUAAUCAUAAUAUAUUACUAUCCAGUAGAAAUAUAACAAAUAUUGAAUUGAUAAAUGCUAAUAACUUAAA